AUACAAAACCUUUCUCUCUAUACAACAAUGGCUGUUUUCGUUUUAUCUCUACUCAUACUCUCUUCCUUCUCAGCCAUUUCCUUCACUUACGCUGAUUCUGGGAUGAUCGGAGUAAAUUACGGCCGUAUAGCAGACAAUCUUCCGGCACCGGAGAAAGUAGUCGAGCUGCUUAAAACACAAGGAAUCAACCGCGUCAAGCUUUAUGACACCGAGAAAUCCGUACUAACCGCACUCGCAAACUCCGGAAUCAAAGUAGUUGUCUCUCUCCCCAACGAAAAUCUCGCCUCCGCUGCCGCAGAUCAGAGUUACACCGACACUUGGGUUCAGGAAAACAUAAAGAAAUACAUUCCGGCGACGGAUAUCGAAGCAAUCGCCGUCGGGAACGAAGUCUUCGUCGAUCCGAGGAACACGACGACGUAUCUCGUUCCAGCUAUGAAGAAUGUUCAAAGCUCUCUCGUUAAGUUCAAUCUCGACAAAUCCAUUAAGAUCUCGUCGCCGAUUGCUCUAAGCGCGUUGGCGAGUUCGUAUCCACCGUCGGCUGGUUCUUUUAAGCCGGAGUUAAUCGAACCGGUUAUUAAACCGAUGCUUGAUCUCCUUCGCAAAACGUCGUCGCAUCUCAUGGUGAAUGCUUAUCCUUUCUUCGCUUACGCAGCUAACGCCGAUAAGAUCUCGUUGGAUUACGCUUUGUUUAAAGACAACGCCGGAAAUGUUGAUUCCGGUAACGGAUUGAAGUAUAACAGUCUCUUAGACGCUCAGAUCGACGCCGUUUUCGCCGCUAUGUCUGCCGUUGGAUUUAACGACGUUAAGCUCGUGGUGACGGAGACUGGCUGGCCUUCAGCCGGAGAUGAGAACGAUAUCGGUGCUGGUUCGGCUAACGCGGCGGCUUAUAACGGCGGAUUAGUGAAAAGAGUGUUAACGGGAAACGGAACGCCGUUAAAACCGAAGGAGCCACUUAACGUUUAUUUGUUUGCUCUGUUUAACGAGAAUCAAAAAACAGGUCCGACUUCUGAGAGAAACUACGGGUUGUUUUACCCGAAUGAGAACAAAGUGUAUGACGUUUCGCUUUCUGGUAAGUCAACGCCGGUCAACGAUAACAAAGAGAAGGUUGUUCCGGUGAAGCCAUCGCACGUGGGACAGACGUGGUGUGUGGCGAAUGGGAAAACGACGAAGGAGAAGCUUCAGGAAGGUCUCGACUACGCUUGUGGCGAAGGAGGUGCUGAUUGCCGUCCGAUUCAACCUGGUGCCACGUGUUAUAAUCCUGAAUCGUUAGAGGCUCACGCUUCUUACGCGUUCAACAGUUACUAUCAGAAGAACGCACGUGGUGUUGGCACGUGUGAUUUUGGUGGUGCAGCGUACGUGGUCUCGCAACCUCCUAGGUAUGGGAAAUGCGAGUUUCCAACAGAGCAUUGAAAUGGAUAAGAAGAAGAAGGGAUCGUGCGGAUUUAUUUAGUAGCAUUUUUACGUUUUUAAUUUAAUACAUUGUUUUGUCAUUG